AUGGAGUCAAAUCAAGAUUCCGCAGCCUUGACUCAACAAGUCCAAACUCUUGCAGCCACCGUUGAAGAACUCACCAAACAAAAUCAGGAAAUGAAGCUACGGCUUCAACAGGUUCAACACGAGGAGAAUCGGUCCAAGGACAACCCAGAGGGAGCUGCAAGGGAAUGGUUCACAAAGUUGCCAAUAUCGUCCAUUGAAAACUUUGAGCAGUUGAGCAACGCCUUCUUGCGUCACUUUAUUGGGAGCCAGCGUCCUAAGAGGCCAGCGGACCACUUACUCACCAUUCGGCAGGGAGAGAAGGAAACUCUGAGGUCGUACGUGAAACGCUUUACUUGGGAGACCCUGGAGGUAGACGAAGCUAAUGACAAGGUACAGCUGACGACCUUCAAAGUGGGACUGAGAUCUAGAGAUCUCGUGGCUUCACUCACAAAGAAACCUCCAAAGAUGGCAGAGAUGCUCCUGAAAACACAGAAGUACAUGAAUGCUGAAAACGUUUUAGUAGCUAUAGGGAAUGUAGAGAAGCCAGGGGACAAAGGAAGGAAGGAUGACGAGCGUAGGGGACAAAAGAGGGAGCGUCCAGGUCGUCGGACCAAUGACAGAAGAAGAAAAAAAGAUAAAGGUCCUUGGACGGUAAAAUUUACCCCCCUAGUUAUGCCUGUUGACAAAAUUUUAACGCAGAUUAAGGAUGAGCACUACCUCAAAUGGCCAAGGCCAUUACAUUUGUCCUGUAAUGUCCGUGAUAAGAAUAAGUAUUACCGGUUUCACAAAGAUCAUGGCCACAACACAGAAGACUGUCGGGACCUAAAGGAGCAAAUAGAGGAGUUGAUAUAG